GCAUGCCUUGCGUUUCCCCCUAGCACUUGCUCUAUUUUACGCCGUGUGUUUUUUGACACUAUUCAGACUGCAGACUAGAACGUCUCAGUAGUUUAAACUCGUUGCUACCGAUUUUUAUCUCACUAUGUGACUUGAACAACACAACUCUGUAGAGGGUCUUCUAUCUGUCAUGAAUAACUAUGAGGUCAUCCGUCAGAUUGGAGAGGGUGCGUUUGGUAAAGCCUUCCUCGUCAGAGACAAAGGGGGAGGUGGAGGCAGGCCGCGUGUUGUCAAACAGAUCAACCUCAGAAAGAUGUCAGCGAGGGAAAAGGAAUCGUCCAAGAAGGAAGUGACGUUGCUGUCGAAGAUGAAACACCCGAACAUCGUGGGCUUCCUCAGUUCAUUUCAAGAGAGAGGCAGCCUAUUUAUAGUGAUGGAGUACUGUGACGGAGGAGACCUGAUGAAGAAGAUAAACAUGCAGAGGGGAGUCUUCUUCUCUGAGCAGCAGGUCGUGGACUGGUUUGUUCAGAUCUGCCUCGGCCUCAAACACAUCCACGACAGGAAGAUCCUUCACAGAGACAUCAAAGCGCAGAAUAUCUUCCUAACCAACCGGGGGAUGAAAGCAAAGCUCGGGGACUUUGGAAUUGCAAGAAUGUUGAAUAACACCAUGGAGCUGGCCCGGACCUGUGUUGGCACACCGUACUACCUCUCUCCGGAGAUCUGCGAGAGUCGACCCUACAACAACAAGACGGACGUCUGGUCUCUGGGAUGCGUCCUGUAUGAACUCUGCACCCUGAGGCAUCCAUUCGAGGGCAGCAGUCUGCGGCAGCUGGUCGGAAGAAUUUGCAGAGGGAGCUAUAAUCCAGCACCAAGCCACUACUCCCAUGACCUCCGCCUGCUGGUCACCCAACUCUUCAAGGUGAACCCCCGGGACCGUCCCUCGGUCACCUCCGUCCUCAAGCGUCCCUUCCUGAAGAAGCACAUCAGCAAACACCUGGAUCCACAGGUGCUGCAGGAGGAGUUCAGCCACACGGUGUUGCAUCAAAACAGAGCAGCAGCGUCUCAGGCUAUUAAAACAAGAGCAGGAGCAGCAGAGAAGAACCAGAAGUCCAGAGCAGCAGAGCGGCCCGGAGUGAAGAAGCAGCUCACUAAGCCCGACUGGAACGUCCCUCUCAGAGUCGACUCUCCUUCUCACUACAAACCUUUUCAUCAAGGAGCUGCAGACCAGGCAGAUGCAGGGCAGCCCGACCAAAGGUUUAAUGGGCUGCAGCCGGUCGGCCAUUACCAGCACCACUACGCCCAGCUGGACGCCUUCAAGAGGAGGAACCAGGAAGACGCCCUUCUUCCUCCUCCUCCUCCUCCUCCUCCACCGCCUCAGGAGAGAGAGAAGGAACGAUGUGAAGAACACACUGUGGAACCCUACCAGCUUGUGGCUGCAGCUCGUAACGAAUACCUGCAGAGGAGACACGAGGCCAACCAGUACAAGCUGAGAGCAGAGAAACAGCUGCGUCAGGGUCUGCGUCCGUGUACAGCUGAGAGCAAAAACAGGAAGCCCGGCGGUCAGGAGCAGGAAGUGCAACCUGAAUAUCUACCUGCACCUCGGGAGAAGAGGCAGGAGGGACAGCAGGAGGGACAGCAGCAGGGACAGCAGGAGUACCUGCGACAGCUGCAUCUGAUCAGACAGGAGUAUCACCAGGAGAUGAGACACAUGAGGCUGAGAGCUGAAGUGGAGCAUGGAACCUUUGUGGUGGAGAAACAGAAGCAGAGAGCUCCCCCUGCACAGCCUGGUGUUCUCCUGCACGACGUGGAAGAAGCUCUCAGAGAGAUCAGAGAGGACAACAGAGAUCAGAAGAGAGAGCUGGAGAGAAAGCACGGAGACAAGAAAGGAAUCAUGUUUGAGAUCCGGUUGGAUGAGGAAAGUACGAACGAGGACGCUGAGAAGGAGAAAGAGGAGGGAAGCAAGGACAAAGCGGAGAAAGAGGGCGAUGGAAGUCAAACAAAGGCGGAGGAAGUGGACCCUCUGAACCAGACUCUGAGCUUCCAGGAGGGGGAGGAGCUAAAGCUCAGAGAUUGGUCAGCGGAGAGGAGGGGGUGGAGUCAGAGGACUCCACAGACUUUGAUGGAGGCACUUGCCAACAUGGAGGUGAACUCUGCCCACAGAACCACUGCCGAGGCUGAACAAGAUGAGGAGGCGGCCGGUCGCAGACUGUGGGCCGACGACCCCCCCGACACCCUGCUGAGUGCUCUCGCUCAGGCUGAACUCACAUCGUCAACUCUGGACUCAGUGGAUGCAGAGCCGGAGGAGGACAGAGCAGAAGAGGAGCGGAAGGAGGAGGAGGAAGAGGAGGACGACUCCGAUGUGGAGAUGGAUGAAGAUCGUCUGGAGCCGAGGUCAGACGAUGACGACACCAACUUUGAGGAGUCGGAGGACGAGCUGAGGGAAGCGGUGGCAGACUCCAUGAAGAACCUGUUCGUGAUGGAGGAGGGAAGCUGGGUGGAGGCGAAGCAGACGGGGAACAGGGCAGCGGUGGAUGAUGGGAAGAACGAGGCUGUUGUAGAAGAAGGGAGCGCUGCAGAACCUCAAAGGAACCAGCAGGACGUUAAAGCUGCUGGUGCGGACGUUGUCGGGCCUGCAGCCGAAGAACGUGGCGGUGAGUCUGAGCGCUCAGGCGAAUACGCAGCGUUAAACGAGCAGCAGCCUACGAGUUAUCAGUCAAAACAAGACAGCAGUUACUAAAACACGUUAAACUGCAAAUAUCUUAUGAGGGAGGAGAUGCAUUUGUUCUCUGGAGGGCACAUUUAACCAGCCUUUCCCGUCUUAAUUCAGAUCCUAAGACCUCAGUUUGCAUGAAACAAACUAGUUGAACCUUCCAACUGGGUCCAAAAGUGUCAAAAGCUCUUCUGAACAACCCCACUUGGAUGGUAAAAGGUCAAGGCAUCCAAAUUUAGUUUACAUUCUUACCAAAUUUCCAGUAAAGUGAAUUAGCAUUUCCAUCUACUGCUGUUAACUGACUGGCAGCUGGUUGAAAUAAUUAUUAAUUUAAGCAAUUUAACGUUGAAGAACAUGAGAUGAGGUUGGUAAUUAAAAGCUUGCCAAAGCUCAAAUGAUGUAUCAUGUAUUAACGCUCCAUACAAAUGUGAAGUUUACGCCUGUCACACUAUUUGGUCUGUUUUACGUAGAAUAACAAAAGGAAGGAGAAGUUCAGCGGGACGAACACAUCUGAACGUCUGCAUUUUAUAAUACGUUUGCUGUUGUUCUAGAUCUCUUAUUUUCAACGAAAAGACCAAAAGUAGCAAUGUGUUAGUCCAUCAAUUGGUUCCUACUCAAGAUGAAAGUACAAAUACACAAACAAUUUUCUUUUUUUAGAAAAAAAUAGAAAGGCUCAGUCAUCAAAUGAAGAAAUUGUGCGCGAUUUGUUUUUCUUGGUCUUUCCUGGAUUUAUCAUUUUUCUUCAGCGUGGUGCAGAAUAAAAAAUGUAAUGUAACUCAUGAUUUCUGAUGUUUGUACCUCUGAUGUGCUUUAACUGUCUCCUGCCACAAGUCGGCAGCACAAACAAGCAGUUUCUACAAAGAGUUUGGUGCUUGCUUUUAUUUCAGUAUUGAUUAAGUAUUUCCAUGUACAGAAGAUGAAAUUCCACUUAAAUAUUCAAUAAUGCCUCUUUAAAUAAAGAUUUUAAUAUUUCA